AUGCGGUCGUUCGCUGCACAGCAGACGGAAGUGCGCAGAACACAACUAUCUUUGCGGUCGGGACUCGCGCAUGCGCUCUCCUCGCAGCAGCACUGCCCUCCCUCUGGCCAGGGGGGGAGGAGACCCCUGCACCUCCUCUUGGUUCAGUGUGGACUCAGAGCAGUCAGGAUUGAAGCAGCAAACGUGAAGAAGAUGAAGAAAGUUGCAGUGUUUUUACUUUGCGUGGUCCUGCUGAUGGCCUACACAGAGGCAAAUCCCAUCAUCAAGGAGAGCUUUGCUAAGCAGCUUCUCCGCAGUAAGAGGCAGAAACCUGGUCACCCUGAUGAACCAAUGAGGGAGCACCUUCUGUACAUGCAGGGGCCACCGCCGAAGGGCCCCGGGAGAAGUGGCAUUCUGGCCGUGACCAAUGGACGCCAAAGAAAUGACGACGUGUGA